AGUUUAUUUUGCUUUAACAAAUCGAGUGUUUCUAAUAAGUUUUUGUUUUGUUUUGCCGCUUUAAGCAAAAAAGUUUGUUUUCAAGUUAAUAUUUUUUUAACUUUGGUGUCCUUGGCCUUGUUGGUUAUAAAGGUCGUGAAAACCGAAACGCCGGAAUGUUGACCGUACUUUAUUAGUUGUUACUUAUAUCUUAAAAUUCUCGUUUAUCGGAAAGACAUCGGAUGUGUCAUUUAUAUCGUACCCAUAAACGUUACACGGCUUUGAAAAAAAGUGAAAUUACACCAUCAAAACAACGAAUGUGCGAUGCUACGGAGUGUAUUCAGUGGACGUUUUCAGUAUAACAUUUCACAUCAUUCGAUUUUCUAUACCAACAGGAAAAGCACCACGCUCAACAAAUGAGUCAAUCACAAGAAGCAAGUGAAACCGAUAGCAUUUUAUCAAUAAAUUGCUAAAAGUUUUGUUAGCAGAAAAAAAUAACGGCAGAAGAAAAUUGAGUUUUGAGUAGUGUUUAAUUGUAGGAGAGAACUUCGAUAACAAACUGGUGUUCUUAUUAAUUCAGAUAUGGACGCAUAUUAUCGAUACGAUCCGACGGCUCCACGUGGUAUGGGUCCACCGGGAAAUGCUGGUGGUCCAUAUGCACGGCAUAGGGCACCACAUCCCAUGCAGCAGCAACAGCCUCAGUCUCAAUACCCUACAUAUCAGCCCACAGCGACUGAUAAUAUGUAUUCGAUGCCGGAUCACAACUCCGCAAUGGCUGGAAUGGGAGAUUCCUUAUGGGGGGCCCAGCCUCCUCCGCCGCCGCAGGCAAAUCCAUAUGCUGCUCCGAUGGGAUACGGACACCCACAAGCUCCGCAGCCCACACAAAGACAGGCUCCCACCGGAUACCGGCAGCAUAUGGGAGGAUAUCCUCAGCAAGAUUCGUCGAAGUUACAGUACCCUACUCAGCAGACGAUGAUGGGUGGAAUGAUGCCUCAGCAGGGCUACGCAUCGUUGAGCCAACCUCAACAACCUACCCAACAACAGCAACAACCGCAGCAACCGCAACAGCAACAACAACAGCGAGUUUCACAACUUUACCCACAGGCUGGUCAUUCAAUGUAUCCUGGAGCUCCAGUGGUUCAGCCGCAAACUGCAACUCCACAAACCGGUUACGCUUCGUAUGCGCCUGCAAUGACGCAGCAUACGAAUCGGACUACCCAGCAGCAUGUUUAUAAUCAGCAUCAAAUCGAUCAAACUGCUUAUGGACAGCACAUGAGUGCGAGCCAGGUACCGACAAGUCACCAUCAGAUGGGAACUCCACAGCAGCAAGCUCCAGGUCAACUACCGCAGCAUCCAUCGCAACAGUCUCAUUUGCCAAUACCCGGACAGGCGCCGCAAAGUCAGCAACAAAUGCAUGCCAGUCAGAUACAGCCUGUUCAGCAACAACAACCUUCACAGCAGCAACCACCACACGGAGGUCAACAGGCGCAUCCGCAGUCACAUCCCCAACAACAUCCAGGUUUGGCAGGAUUGAGUCAACAACAAAGCCAGCAGCAGAGUAGUCUGCUUGCUGCUCAACAUCCUGGCAUUGUUCAUUCACAACAGGCCAACAGUCAGGCCGGUCUCAUGCAUGGCAGUGCGGGCCUGGGAACAGCACUAUCACAAACCCAACCAGGUCAACAACCUGGAAGCCAUCACAGUACCAGUACGCUAGGUGGACACCAGAUGUCUCAUGCUGCUAUGCAAAAUGUACCAGGGUAUGGCACGAGUGCACCACAGCAGCAGUCGUACAUGCCCAACGCCACUAAACAACAACCACAACAACACGGUAGUAGCCCACAGUAUAGGGCGCCUUUUCCGCAGUUGUCUCCUCAAAUGUCACCUCGACCACCCCAAAUGUCCCCGCAUACACAGAUGUCACCCCGUCCGGUAAUGUCACCUGCAAAACCACCGGGCAGUGUCACAUCGCAAGCACCACAGACAACACUUCCGACGACGAUGCCACCACACCCACAGCACAUGGCAACGUCUGGCGGAAGUAUACAAAGUCCUAGGCCACAGCAAUCGAUGCCGGCUACGACAAAACUGACAACAUCAUCAGCUGGUGCAUCGGUUAACACAUUGCAGGCUCUAGAACAAAUGGUAAUGCCUCCACAAUCGGCUACUGCGGGUAUGGAGUACUCACAGGCAGCCGCUUAUCGAGGACCUCCCCUUCAACAGCAAUUGCAAAACAAUCCUCUGUCUCCGUUAGGGCCGCGGCUGCCGAUGUCCCCACAACAUCACCAGCAGUGGCCACCAAUUGUGCAGAGACCAGGAAGUGGAGGAAUCAACGGAAAUUCACAUCUAGGAAUGCCCCAGCAGCAGCAGCCAACACAACCACCACCACAACAGCAACAGCCGCAACAAACACAGCAACAAAUGGGAAAUCAGCACCUACCGCCAAUGCAUUCCCAUGCACCGCAUUUACAUGUUUCUCAAGCUUCUCAUGUCCCUCCCCCACACGCUCAACAGAUCUCACAGUUGAACGACAUUUCCAGUCUAAUACCGCCUGUGUCGCAAACAAUGUCUGUGAUACCGCCAUCGCAAGGCCCGCCAACUGGGCUGCAGUAUAGCAAUUUAGAUGAUAAGAGCCUUGUCGAAACUGUUCCGCAACAGCAACAACCACAAUCUGUACAUAGCCUACAUCAACCACAUCUGUCGCAACCUCAACAGCAAGCGCAGCAACAACAGCAGUCUCAGCAACAGCAGCUGCCGACAAUGCAUCAACCUCAUCAGAUGACAUCUCAACAACAACAGCAACCCAUGUUAACACAACUGCAACCACCAACGCAUAUGCAGCAAUUGCAACAACCUCAACACGCUGCACAUCUUGCUACCAUGCAAGCUGCAAUGGUCUCCCAACAACAACAGCAACAACAACAACAACAACAGCAACAACAACAGCAGCAGCAGCAGCAACAACAGCAACAGCAACCGCCACCACAGCAACCUCCGCCGGUCGUUCCUUCAUCACAUACGCUUUCACAGCAGCUGCAAUCACCAUCAUUUAAUGAUGAGAUGAUGAUGUCGCCAAGCGGCCAGCAGCAGCAACACAUGGCGAGUGCAAACGUUCCAGCGGUUGCGUCUGUAACAUCCGCCUCUUCCAUCGGCCAUCAAUCUGCGAUCCCUCAAGCACCACAGAUAAGUGAACUUCAACCCAUCCCGUCGGUGAUACCAACACCAACACCACAACAUCAACAACAGCAACAGCAACAACCUCCGCAACAAUUACAACAGCAACAGCCAACGCAGCAGCCGAUUAUGCAGCAUCCACUGCAAAGUCAAUCACAACAGCAAAUUAUCCCAUCAAAUAACACAACAGUACCGGAACUAUCUUUAUUGUCAACCGGAUCUGUUGAAACAAGUACGGUUAGUCUAGAAAACACGUCUGCCGCGACCAGCAGCGCCGAACCACGGCAACAAACAAAUUCAGAUCUCAGUCUCAUCGACAGUCUAGCUUCAAGCAACGCUAACGAAGCACCCCCGAGUCUAGGUGCAACCGGAUCUAUCCCAGAAUCUGCAGUCAGUGAAAGUGAUAGUUUGCAACAGCGUAACUCUGUAUCCGAGCAGAACAGCAGCAAUGAAGAAUCUCGUGACAGUAUCGUUCCGGCUCCGGCCGAAUCCAAUACUGAUGAGAGUAAAUCUUCUAGCUCUCUCAUGUCAGGCACAGAUUUCGAGGCUUUGAAUCAAGUAAACAAUGACAAUACCGGAGUUCUUCUAAACACAGAAUCGGGAUUGGAAGAUACCAUACGAGAUGUGAAAUCUUUGGCUGGUUUGGAUGCUGUUUCUUCUGUUCCAGAAACGAAAGAAAAACGAGAAGAAAUAUAUCAUUCGGAUAAUUCCAACCAGCAAGCUCCAGUCAUAGAUACCAAAAAGACUGAAACACAAUUGGAAUCGAUCACCACAAUCGAUCCGGUAACAUCGGUAACGUCACUGUCUGAGCUUCAAGCACCCGAAGUAACAACAGCAACCACCACCACGACUAGUCCGGAUCAAAUCCAUUCGGUUCCUACUUCAACGACUACACCCACACUGUCAACACCCGUAACGUAUCCAAACCAAUUGAAAGCGGAUCAACUACCAGGUGAACCAAUUAUCUCGACAAGUACUCCAGUGACAACGACACCGACCAACACAACCCAAUUGCCAUCACAACAACACCCACAAAUGCAUACUCAAUAUAAUGCGAUGGUUUCAGGACCAGGUCAACCUCCAAUGUAUGGAAUGCAUAUGUCACCCAGCGGCCCUAUGAUGCAUGGAAUGAUGAAUCCCGAUAUGAUGAACGCAUAUCAAACCCAUGCACAGGAACGCGCUGCUCUUCAGCAGCAACUGCAAGAAAUGUUCAAAGUCUCCAUGGCCGACAAUCAGGACAAAAUUAUGCGAAUGCAAGAACGCAUGGCGAUGCUGCAACAACACGAAACAAUGGAUGGGUGCCUCGGAGGAAAUCCACAGUGUAAGCUUCAUACACAUUCGAUGUAUUCAUCCACUAUGAUUGACAGUCCUCAGGUAACCAGUACCACAGGUCGUCGUGGCCGUACUCCUUCAAAUAAGCCACGGAAACCACGGCUAAAGAAAUCUGAAAAAUUAGCACAGGAGGCAGCUGCAGCAGUAACCGCUUCGCUAUCCGCCACACCCAUUCCAGGUGUUGAUUCACAACCACCUCAACAACACACGAUCACGUCAGGUGAUGAGGCAUCACAAACACCUGCUGCCGUCACGACUCUUCCGGUUUCUGAAGAUUCCGUAACGGCAGGAACUGGGUUAUCCGAAGUGACAUCAGAAGGUUUCAAUGAGAGUAUCGACUUGCCAGAAUCUCAAGACAAUCAUGCUACGGGUGAUUUGGACACAUCCACUGAUGCAAGUGGAAAGAAGCUAAAGAAACCACGAAAACCUGCGAAGCCGAAAGAACCGAAGAAACCUAAAGAACCGAAAGAGCCAAAAGAACCAAAAGAAAAGAAAGAAUCCAAGAAAAAAGACGAAAGCAAAAGUAAAAAGAAAAGCAACAAAAAGGGUCAAGCUGAGUUGGACGAUUCAUUGCCAGCGGAAAAUGUUAGUCAAGAUCAGGAUCUUUCCAAAGCAACAAGUGAAACGGAAGAAAAUGAAACACUGGCUUCACUCAUGCAUUCGCAAAAUUCUACGGAUGCUGUAACCGAACCUGAAAAAGAGAACAAAGGCGGGGAAGAAGUCGGAACGGAAGUAACAGAUUUUGACGACAUUCCUGGCUCAAAAAUUCCCAUCAAGAGUUUAUUGGAAGAGAAGGCUGCUGAUAAUGAGGAAAGCACUGGAGAAACCGGUCAUGAAACUGAGGGAGAUACACCCAAGAAAAAGAAGAGCAGCAGUAAAAAGAAAGAACCUGGAAGUGGAGAAAAUAAGAAGAAGAGCUCAUCAAGCUCUUCACGGAAUCGAAAAUCGGGUGCUAGUGGGGGAGGAAGCAGUAGUUCUAAGAGUAGACCUUCUCGUACACGUAUUCGAAUGAUAACAGAAUCUGAUGGAGAGGGAGGCGAUAUGAUAAGUACUCCACCACCUUCACCACCGGAUGCGGAAAUAGAUAGCUCCAAAAGACGUUCAGCACGAAAUACCCAGCGUAAAAAGUACGUUGAUGACGUAAUGUUGCGUUUUUCGGACGACGAAUCUGGUUUAAUUUCACCGACACCACCGUCUCGUAAGGAAAGGAAAUCUGAGGCCGAAAAGAAGGAAGCGGCUGAUUCUGGUGCCACAGAUGCCACCACUGAAACGGGUGCUGAUGGUGCUGGGCCAAGUUCCAGCGGCGUUACAGCUGAAGGCGAAGAAAACGUCAGCACCUCAGAGGAAAAACCGAUGAGCAGUGUUGAAGCGAAGGUCGAAGAAAUAAGUAAACCUAACUAUGUAUAUGUAAACACUGGCGAUGAAGAUUCAAUGGUUGUGCAGUACGUGCUAGCUGUACGUAUGGGUAAACGAGAACUAAAACCAGACCCACCACCACCACCUCCAAAAGAGAAAACUCCUGAGCCUGAGGAAAAAAUGGAAACAGAAUCAGAAGCCAAGGAAAGUGACCCCAUUGAUGGUAAGAAACGUGUUGAAGAAGAAAAUUCAGGUGGCGAGUUAAAAACAGAUGAAGAAAAGAUAAGUGCUGAACCAGCUGUUGAAGAUAGCAAACCGGAGUCAGAAAAUAAGAAAGCCGAUGAUGAAUCAGAUAAAAAAGUGGAGAAGGAAGAUGAAAAGAUGGAAGUUGAAGAAAAACCAGAUGAUUCAGAAAAAAUAAAAGAAGAUAAGACAGAAGACGAUAAAAAAGAAGAGACAAACGAAACAACAAAGGACGAAAAAAUGGAAACCGAUCAAGAUGAUGAAGCCCCGAAAGAAACGGACAAAGUGGAGCCAGAGACGGAAAAGAAAGAAAGUAGACCUGAUACCAGCUCUUCAGAUACGAAGGAUGAAGAGAUGCCGGAGGGCGAGGUGAAAGACUCGGAUACAAUUGAGAAGAAAAAAGACCCUGAUGCAGAUGAGAAGGAUGAUUCAGAAUCUAAGGAAAGCAAAGAAGUAAAACCGGAAGAGAAGAAGGAACCUCCUGUUUUUAUAGAUGUGGAAGAAUACUUUGUCAAGUAUCGUAACUUUUCCUAUUUGCAUUGCGAAUGGCGAACGGAGGACGAGUUAUUCAAAGGUGAUAAACGUGUUGGUAACAAAAUAAAGCGUUUCCUUCAAAAGCAGCAACAACAGCUUAACAUUUUCGAAACUCUGGAUGAUGAACCAUAUAAUCCGGACUUCACAGAGGUUGAUAGAGUUCUAGAUGUUUCUGAACACACCGAUGAUGAUGGCAAGACUGUAAAACACUAUUUGGUCAAGUGGAAGAGUUUGCCAUACGAAGAUUGUACGUGGGAGCUGGAGGAUGAUGUGGAUACUCCCAAGAUUGAACAAUAUUACAAACACAACAAGAUUCCACCGAGAAGUGAAUGGAAAACAAAGAAACGGCCGCAUCCGGAUCAGUGGAAGGCUUUAGAAGAGUCUCCUACUUAUAAAGGUGGUAAUCGACUACGACCAUAUCAAUUAGAAGGUCUAAAUUGGUUGAAAUAUUCCUGGUAUAAGGGUAAUAAUUGUAUUCUGGCCGAUGAAAUGGGUCUGGGUAAAACGAUCCAGAGUUUAACGUUUGUGGAUUCGGUUUACCAGUAUGGUAUCCGAGGUCCAUUUUUGGUGAUUGCUCCCCUGUCGACAAUCCCAAAUUGGCAACGUGAGUUUGAAAGCUGGACUGAUAUGAACGUUAUUGUGUAUCACGGAUCGGCUACCAGUCGUCAAAUGAUUCAGGAUUAUGAAGUAUACUAUCGUCAUGCAAAUGGAAAAUACAUCAAGGAUAUAAUUAAAUUCAAUGUCCUCAUUACGACUUUCGAAAUGAUAGUGACUGACUACCAGGAUUUGAAACCUUACAAUUGGCGAGCGUGUGUUAUUGAUGAAGCCCAUCGUCUUAAAAAUCGUAACUGUAAGCUUUUGGAAGGUUUGCGUCAGUUGAAUCUAGAGCACAGAGUUCUUUUAUCUGGAACCCCUCUACAGAACAAUAUAAAUGAGUUGUUUUCAUUGUUGAAUUUCCUCGAGCCAAACCAGUUUGCCUCAAAUGAAGAAUUUGUUCGCGAAUUCGGAAGUCUUAAAACGGAGAGUGAAGUGCUUAAGCUUCAAGCAUUACUUAAGCCAAUGAUGCUACGUCGUUUAAAAGAUGAUGUGGAAAAAUCGCUAGCACCGAAGGAAGAAACCAUUGUAGAGGUCGAGUUGACAAAUAUUCAGAAAAAAUAUUAUCGAGGUAUUUUGGAGCAAAAUUUCUCUUUCCUAACGAAGGGAACAACUUCGGCUAAUAUUCCUAACUUGAUGAACACAAUGAUGGAGCUACGUAAAUGUUGCAUUCAUCCUUAUUUAUUGAACGGCGCUGAAGAUCAAAUUCAACAUGAUUAUCGUUUACAGAACGGUGAAGACGCCGAAGCAUACUACAAGAAUCUAGUUGUUUCGUCUGGUAAAAUGGUGCUCAUCGAUAAGUUACUGCCUAAACUAAAAGCAAAUGGACAUCGCGUGUUGAUUUUCAGUCAAAUGGUGCGUUGUUUGGACAUUCUUGAAGAUUAUUUAAUGUACAAAAAAUAUCCGUAUGAACGAAUCGAUGGCCGAAUUCGUGGAAAUUUACGACAGGCAGCCAUCGAUCGGUACUCUAAACCCGAUUCAGAUCGCUUUGUUUUUCUGCUUUGUACUAAAGCUGGAGGUUUGGGAAUCAAUCUAACGGCUGCAGACACGGUCAUCAUUUAUGAUAGUGAUUGGAAUCCACAAAACGAUCUGCAGGCCCAGGCUCGCUGUCACCGUAUCGGUCAGCAAAAGAUGGUUAAAAUAUAUCGUUUGUUAUGCCGUAACACUUAUGAAAGAGAAAUGUUUGACAAGGCUUCCCUAAAGCUUGGCUUAGAUAAAGCUAUUCUUCAAAGUAUGAAUACUGCUCAGGGAAAAGAAGGAACAGGCAAACAACUGUCUAAGAAAGAAAUUGAAGAUUUACUGAAAAAAGGUGCAUAUGGUGCCGUGAUGGACGAUGAUGCUGGAGAUAAGUUUUGUGAAGAAGACAUUGACUCCAUUUUAUUGCGACGUACACAGAUUAUUACAAUGGAAAGUGAGAAAGGCUCAACGUUUUCGAAAGCUUCAUUUGCCGCUGCGGCUAAUCGCAGCGAUAUCAAUAUCGACGAUCCCGAUUUCUGGAACAAGUGGGCUAAAAGGGCGGAAAUCGAUCCUACUGCUUGCGAAAAAGAUGAAACAGAGGAUCUGAUUGUAGAUGAACCGAGACGACGAACGCAGAUUAAACGCUACGGCCAUGACGAAGGUGUCAUGGAUAUGUCCGAUGAAUCAUCCGGUGAACACGGUAGCGAAGGUGAGGAAGGCGGUAUGGGUCUGAAAACUCGCAGCAAGCGUAAUCGUGCCAAAGAAGCCAAACACAAAAAACAACAAAUCGAAAAAGAUGACUAUAUUCCACGUGAUCGUGAUACUUUGGCGGCUCUCGGGUUUGAUGAAGUUUCCUACGGUAACUGGGCCAAAUCGGAAUGCUUCAAAGUUGAAAAAGGGUUGCUUUCGCAUGGUUGGGCGCGUUGGACAGAAAUUUUGGAACAGGGUCAGUUCAAACGUGGCUGGCGAGAGCAAGACGUCGAGGAUUGUGCUCGUGUUAUAUUAUUGUAUUGUCUCGAUCGCUAUCAAGGAGAUGAAAAAAUUAAAAGUUUUAUUUGGGAUCUUAUCACUCCCACUGAAGAAGGAGAACAACGAGAGAUAUCACGUAACCAUAGUGGCCUACAUAACUUAGUCCCUAGAGGUCGCAACGCGAAGGGUCGCAAAUCAACAAACCCAAUACUGAAACGUGAAGGUAGUGUAACCGAGGCUAACGAGGAUGGUUCGUCAAAUUCUUCCGGUACGGCAAUAACCAAUCAGCCGAAAGAAACGACACCAACUAAGCCUUCCAAAUCGGGUUCUGAAAGUGGAGGCUCAAAUACACCGAUAAAUGAUCCAACUCACUGGAGUAAGGAUGAAAAGUAUGAUGCGGACAAGUUUUUGGACAUCAACUACAAAAAGCAUCUUACGAGACACGCUAACAAAGUUCUGCUUCGGGUUCGAAUGUUGUACUACAUAAAACACGAGGUCUUGGGAGAUCUCAUAACACAAAUACACGAAGGCGUCAACGCGAGCGAUCUGCCCAUUCGCCCGCCACCGACUCCCGAUCAGCUGCCGUGCUCAUGGUGGAAUCCAAAUUGUUGCGAUCGCAGUCUCUUAGUUGGCACGUACAAGCACGGCUGCGAAAACUACCGCGUGAUGCGAGCUGAUCCGAUGCUCUGCUUCCAGAGCCACUGCGGUCCUGGUGACGGUAUUAUCGAGGAACCAGCAGUCGUUAAAGAAGUCGAAGACGAUGCCAACUCGAAGCAAGGCGAUAACGAAGAAGAUCCAGAAGAUGGUCCUUCAGAGGCUCGUUCCUCGUCCGCCGGCGUUGAAUCCAAGGACGAUGAUGAAGAAUCCACAGCUGGCACUGGCACGAGUGCUGCACCAACGCCGGCUCCGUCCGAUACCAAUCCAGAAUUGCUGUGGCCAUCGAUGCAAGAUUUGAAUACUCGGUUGCGGCGCGUCAUCACCUCGUAUCAGCGCAACUAUAAAAAAGAAGAACUGAAACAACAACAGAAGGCCAAGCUACAGGCAAUAGUUCCGCCAAAUGUCCCUAUGGUCGGUCAAUCUUCAUCAACUCCAACAACGCCCUCGAGCACCCCGGGCCCAGUAAUGAGUGGUGGAAUGACACCACAACACCAGCAGCAACAACAACAGCAAAUGCAAGGAGGGCAAACGCAACAGCAAUCAGGAGCGAUGACACUUGGGCAUAACCUGAUGGGUAGCAGUGGAGGUGCCACUAAUAGCGCUUCCACUUCCUACGCCAGCACAAGUGGGUUAAGUAAGAAUCAACAACAGCAAGGGGCCGGAGGUAUGUCUAUGUCCGGAACGACAUCGACCUCGGGUAUGCCAACCGCAGCCGAUUUCAGUCUGAUGCUGAGUUUAGGAUUGGGCCUCAAUCCGGCCGAUGCCUCACAGCUGGCUAAUCUUGAUCUUCAAAAGCUGGCCAUGUACUUGAAAAUGGAACGUCGUGAAAAAACCGAGCAAGUUAUGCGAGAAAGAGAAAGAGUUCGGUUAGAACAGAUACCCAAAAAGUGGACCCGCAGAGAAGAAAAUGAAUUCAUCAGAGUACUCACAGGAUAUGGAAUUGAUUUGUUACCAAACACAGCCGUUCCGACUCCAGAUUGGUCAAGAUUCAAAGUAUUUGCUAAGUUGGACAAAAAAACCGAUGAAAACUUGAGUGAUUUCUACAAGGUUUUCAUCGCCAUGUGCAAGCGCCAAGCCGGCGUUAAGUUGGGUGACGACGAGAAGAAUCUGGAGGGGUUAGUUGAUGAUAUUACCGAAGAUCAUGCAAAACUAAUUUUAGAUCGGUUGGAAUUACUUUCGAAAGCCCGAGAAAUCAUAAAGCAUCCUAAGCUGGAUGAAAAUAUUAAACUUUGCGAAAAUAACCUGGACACUCCCGAUUGGUGGAUUUCGGGGAAGCAUGACCGUGAACUGCUUCGGGCUGUGCUGAAAUACGGUAUCUAUCGCUCAGAACAGCUGAUACUGGCUGAUCCAGAGUUUCCAUUUUUCGAAGCUGCCAAAAAGUAUCUCCAGGAUUUGGAGAUGCAGAUUCAGCUGCAGAACCAACAGUUGAUGAAAAUGCAGGCUGCGAAGGCGGAGGCAGCCGAACGAGCAGAGUCAGCUGUAAAGCAAGAAAAAUUGGACGCUGUUCUUAAGCAAGAGAAGAGUAGUAUCAAAGAAGAAAGUUCUUCAGAAGAGGUGUCCAAGUUGGAUGAGAAAAAAUCUGAAAAGGAGGAUAUUCCAACUAAUGUAGAAAUAAAAAACGAAGAAGAAGUUAAGAAAGAAAAAGAAGAAGAAAAAGCUGAGAGCCUUACCCGCGAUGAUGAGGCUAAAGAAACACCUGAAAAAUUAACGGAUGAAGAAAAGAGUGCUGAAACAUCUGAAGGAACUGAUACUGAGGCAAACAAAAAAGAGAUACCAGAAGAUACCAGUGAGAAGGUUGAUGAAUCGCAAACUGAAGACGCGGAUAAACCAGAUUCAGAACCUAAACCAAUGAAGUCAGAUGAUGCAGAUAGUUCUAUGGAAGUAGACAAAGAUGAAGCCACAGAAAAUGAAUCGACUGAACAAACUAAGGAAGAAACACAAGCCAUUGACUCUGACGUGAAAGAAGAGAGUAAGGCAAGUGAAGAAAAAUCAGAACCCGAAAUUAAAGAUAGUGAAACAAAAUCGGAUGAGCCCAUAAAAGAACCAGAACCGUUGACUGCGACAAAGAAAGAAGAAACGGAGGAAAUCAAAAAGACAGAUAAAUUGGAUCGCGAAUCAUCACCGGAUGUGAUUAUCUUGGAUGAACCGAAACCAGCAGAUAUAAAACCGAAGACGCUAAGCGAAGAAGAAAAAUGUUACAAGCAAGCUGCAGAACUCAAAGCAAGAUUUCCGGAUUUGGAGGUUUUCCAACCUCUAAUGAAAUUGAAACAACUUGACAGCAGUGUGUCAAAAGAAGAUUUCAAAAAUAUAAGUAAAUUUGCGAGCAUGAUCGACACUUCAAUGAUAGUUAAAUGGUUCCGUGAUUUCGCCCUGGAAAGACGUGUGGGCCACAUUAUUUACUGUAUCGAACACGCUGAAUGGCCUGUCGGCAAAUCUUAUUCAGCCUACACAGGCUGUUUGGGAAUCGAUCUAGACAUUCCGCUUCAUGAGACAAUCAAGCGGAUUAUUCCCGUCGAUGGUGAUUCGCGACGGUCUACUUCAAGCACUCCAGAUGUGAUCACAAUUACAACGGAUCACGCCAGUGCUAAACAAAUUAGCCAGGCAGCGUUAUCGGCACAAUCAGCGGCUGCAGCAGCAGCCGCAUUGUCCGCCAUCGGGCUAGGUUCGGGUUCCGGUGGCACACAAGGCCUCAGUCAGAACCAGAUGGCGGCGGCGGCUGCUGCGGCUGCGGCUGCCGCUGCUGGCGUAACGCUCCCGUCAAGUAAGAGCCGCAAGAGACACAUUGCUAUUGAUGUUGAAACUGAAAGGGCCAAAUUGCAUGCUUUGUUGAAUAAUACUCAGAGUCCAGUUUCGUCACCAAAUUUGAAAUCUCAACCGCCACCAUUGAAAUCUGCUAGUGGUGGUCAAUGGAACGAUGACGAAAUAGUCGAUGCUAGACGAAGUAGUAGCAACAGUUCGGCAAAUUCAGGAGGUCUCCAACCGCCGCCGGCUCAUCAGCACGGACCACGAAAUCCAAUGUCUUACGCCAAACCAACGGUUAUUCCUGGUACAUCAAGCACACUCACUCCAAUAGAUCUUUCUGCUGGGUACAGUUUACCGAAGGUUAACAUGGCAGAUAUGAUAAAGAAUCCAAUGGAUUUGAGCGAGGUACAGGAUUUCUCCAUCGGUAAAAAGCACAAAGGAAGCGCUAUGGAUAGUCUUCCGCGGGGCUUAUCAGCAACAAGUAUCAGCCUCACCAAUGCAGGUGGUAGUUCGUCAAUGCCUUCUCCAUCGGCGGCGGUAGCAGCUGCAGCAGCGGCUGGCAAGGGCAAACUGAACGAUAUGUUGUCUAAACUGAUGAAGAAAAACAAUGUUAGUGUGCCUAUUGAGGAGCCUCCCUUAGGUAAAGAAAAGAAACGUCGGAAGCUUGACGAAAUUGUUCUCGGAUUGUCGGCUGCCAAGGAACAGAAGACUAUAUUUGGAGAUCCGACUCCGCCGGGUGGAAGUUUCUCUGGAAGUUCGAUGAAGAAACCACAGAUUCCACCAAGUGUAUCUGUGACACCGGCUAGUGCACCCAGCUCAAUGAGUCAACAGCCGCCACAGAAACCGUUUACCAUAACGGUUACAAGUGUUCCCGGCACAUCCAAGAGCGGCCAGAGUAGUUCUAGCUCUAGCUCUGCUAGCGGAUUGGCAGCACUGCAAAAUAUGUCCGGAAUGGGUGCUAUUUCGACAAAAGACAGUUUGAACGCUUUGUUUGCUCAGGCAGCUCAAGCCGAACAGCAAGCGUUCCUUAAACAACAACAAAAACUUAUUCAAGCGAUGCCGGCCAACUCGCCCCAACGAAAGGCAUUCGAAGUGAUGUUUGCAGAAAUGAAACAAGCCGCCGAAUUAAGUUCAAAGUUGGGUCAAUACGGCUCCGCUGCACACGACGCUAAAGUUAAUAAGUGGUUGGCUGAACAAACAGCUGCUCUCACUGAGCAUGCGAUGGGAAUGGAUUAUUUGUCAAGAUCCUCCCGACGAUCAUCUUCGUCUAGUUCAGCUUCCCAAGCGACAACUCCAACGUCUUCUCGAUCCGCUAGAAAUGCAUCGAGUGCCAGUUUACAACAACAGCAACAUCAUCAUGCACAGCAACAGCAGCAACAACAUCAACAACAGCAGCAACAACAAAUGGACAGUAAUCCAAUGGCCUUCAAUUGGAAAAAUCUUACCGGAGAAGAAUAUGUUUCUGUUAUAAACAAAAUCAACGGAAAGCGGUUAACUGGAACCAAAGCACCGCAGCUAAAGCGACUUACCCAGUGGCUAGCAGACAAUCCAGCGUACGAGAUCGAUCCGAAAUGGGCUGAAUCUAUCACCCUCCCUCCAACGCCUUCGUCAAUGUCCAAACAGCAGUCACAUCAGGAUUCAGUUAGUUCAGCAUCUGCUGCCGCUAAGCAGAUGAGGUCUUCAUCCAACUCGUCAUCGAUGAUGUCUCAAUCUAGUGGUGCUUAUGGUAGCGGUGCUGGUGGUGGAGGAAGCAGUAGUCAACAGUCGUCCUCAACGCCACCCAAGAAGCAUAGCAGUAGUAGUAGCGCUAACGCUGCGGCCAAUAUGGCGUUCCCAGGUUUAGCUGGAUUGAAUGCAAACCUUUUGUCUAGUAUUCCUGGAUUGGGAAACUUCGAUCCAAAAAAUAAUCCAUUGUUAAUGCCUUUUGGUGGUAUGCCCGGCUUGAGCGGCUUAGGUGGUUUGGGAAAUAUGAACAACAUGAAUCUCUUCGCCAGUUUGGCUGGAUUACCUGGACUGUCUGGAAUGGACGCUCAAAGCUUAGCUGCUAUGAUGGCAGCAGCUGGAUUAGAUCCAACAGCGGCACUCGCUGCUGCUACUGGUACGCCGACAAAAGGCAGCAGCAGCAACAGCUCCAAGCAAGGUAGGAAAACGGUAAAUGAUGGAUCCAGUAGCUCAUCCCCUCAACAGCAGAGCAGUAGCAGUAGUAGCAAAAAUUCAAGUUCACAACAGGCAGCAGCAGCAGCGGCGGCCGCAGCAGCUGCUAACAGCCAAUUUCCUUUCUUCUUCCCUAAUCCCAGUUUAUUGUACACCCCUCUGGGAUUGGGUGGGCUGAAUCCUUACGGUAUCCCCGGAGCUGGGUUAGGAACUAGUGGUUCCACAACUAGUACGACCACUUCUUCAAGGCAAUCUCAAUCUAAGCAAAGCAGUUCCCGAGGAAUGGGAAGCAGUUCUCAAACUUCGGCUUCUUCGCCAAGUGGCAGCAAAUCUAGAAGUUCCAGUUUAAGCAGCCAGCAAGCAGCUGCAGCUCAACAGGCUGCUCUCGAAGCAGCUCAGUUACAACAGCUGUUGUUACCACAUGAUAAGCACCUUUUGGAUUCCUUAACUCGUUCUGCGGGUUUGGAUAUUACCCAAAGUUCUAGAAGUAGUAGUAGUAGUUCAAGUUUGUCUGACAAAAGAGCUCGUGAGAGUGCAGCGGCUCAGCAGGCUAAUAAACAAGCAUUAGAAAAAUUGGAACGCGAAAGGAGAAAGAUUCUUGAAACAUUGUCCCAGGGUGCAUUCCCGGCAGAUUUGGCGGCUAUGCAAGCUUUUGCUAGUGGUAAGUUGCCUGGUUCAACUUCUUCAGCUUCUCCAGGACACAGUUCCUCUUCAAAAAGUGGAGGUAAUAGCAGCAAUAGCAACAGUGUAUCUGCUUCGAAUGCUUCUGCUGCGGCAGCAGCAGCAGCUGCUGCAGCUAUGAGUGCAAAGGAUCUGCAGUUACCGUUGCAUCCAGACUUCAGCCAAGCGUUAUUUGCUGAAAUGGCAGCACAAGCUUUGUCAGCAAGUGCAACAUCUGGUAGUAGUUCGUCAUCAUCAACCUCUGUGAAUAAAUCACGCGAUCAAGAACUCAAAGAAGCUUUUGAACAGCUUAGUAAAAAUCCACUUGAAUUACUUGCUCGUAGCUUAGGGGUCGGGCCAGCAAUAUCUCUUAUACCGACUUCUUCUACAUCAACCACACCAACUGAAUCUAAACGAUCUUCCUCGUCAACCAGUAGAAUGGAAUUGCAGCAACAACAGGCGCAACAAUUACACAAUCUAUCCAAACUCGACCCUAAAACAUUAAUGCUCGGAACUCAUCAAGAUGAGAUGAAGAGUCCCCGAGCUCGUUCGUCGACAGAUUCACUUGCUAGCCUGGAUAAGGUCACUCUAACUCCAGUACCAGCAGCAAGUAUAGCUGCUUCACUGCCAUCUCAAACAACCAUAUCAUUGGCAUCCCCUGUAGGUAUGCCGGGUGCCACUUCGAGCAGUGGUGGUUCCCUGAAUCUCAGUGCUAAGAGUCCCGUUUCGUCGACUGGCAGUAUUGCUGAACGGGAACGCGAUCGUGAGCGAGAACGUGAGCGAGAACGCGAACGCGAACGUGAACGUGACCGGGACCGUGAACGAGAACGUGAUCGUGAAAGGGAACGGGAACGAGAACGAGAUAGAAAUGAACGUAUUGAACGUGCAGAACGAGCUGAAAGAGCAGAACGCAAUCUUCGAUCAGCUGAAAUGGCCGUAGAUCACAGCAGAAGUUUAGCUUCGUCAAUUUCAGCUUCAGUUACUGCCACACCUUCAUUGCCCCAGAAUUUAUCUGCUUCAUCGUCAGCUAGUUCGGCAAUCCCAUCCGCAUCGGUAACUGUAGUUGACACAGCACAUAACCAAGAAAUGGAUCUCGAAGAUUUGAUAGCUCCUUCCAAGUUGUCGAAAUCUGGUAAUGUGCUCAACAACGAAGAUGAUCCUCAAAAGCAAAUAAUGAUGCUCAAACAGAAGCAAAAAUUACUGCAACAGGAACAAAUGAAAAAACUUCAAGAAGCUCAGGAAGCUCAACGUCUUCUAGAACAUCAUCGCAUGGCUGAACAGAAAAAACUUCUAGAAGAACAGGAAUUGCUCCAGAAACAACAAAUGGAACAACAUGUCCAAGAACAAGCGCAGGCACGUGAACUUCGGCACAAGCGUAGGCGAGAAAGGGAGGAAAACGCCGAACGUGAUCAUAAGCGUCCCGAAGCUGAACAUGAAGAAUCUGGGCAUCAUGAUGUUUCCGCAGAAUCCGUGCCACACGAUGGUUCUAUGGACAUGACUACUCACGAUGAACCGGAAAAUUAUAGCCGCGAAACAAAAGAACAUCAUCAUCAAGAAGAGCAACACCAUCAAGAGCAAGAUCAACAACAGGACGCAAAACUGCAACACCAUGAUGCUUUGCAAAAACAACAACAUCAAGAAGAAAUGGAUCGACAAGACCGUCGAGCAUCUCGAAGAAGUCAUCACCAAGGAUCUGCUGAUCAACACCAAUCGGAUGAGUUGGAACGUACUCCGGAAACGACACCGGUAGCUGCUUCGUCCCGCAAAUCUACACGUUCAAGUACAGACGCAGGAAAUUCUUCUGGAGGGGAAUCGAGCAGUGCUGCUCCAAUGACUCCAUCAUCUUCCGCUUCUGCAGGGGGAUCGAGCGGUGGGGGUAGACGUGGUGCUCGCGGCAAACGACGCCGAAGCAUUGAAGAUUUAGAUGCAACGCCAGGGGUUCCCGAACGGAAGCGAGAACUUCGGUCCAGUGCCGGACGACAAGCAGCUGCCGCUGCGGCACGUAUGGCAGCCGAAGCUAAGGCAGCUGCAGCCGCGGCUGCUGCGGCUGCCGCUGCUGCAGCUCAGGAGUCAGAGAGUUCGCUGAACCUGUCUAAAGAUUCUUCUGACAAGGAUGAGCAGCAACCGAUUUGAUUGAAAAUGAGUAAAUGACGCUUAUAAUUUUAGGUUAAAAGUUUUCGUUUAUUGUACAGUGUUUUAUAUAGGAAUCGUUUAAUAUAAGUUUUUUUCGUGGAUUUUCGAAGAAAGUGUAAAUGAUGAGAGGUAAAUUCGCGUGUAGAUUAGCAAACAUGAUUUUUACUGUUGAAGCUUCCACCUAAUCUGUGCGAUGGUUUUGUUGAGCUCUCUUCGGGUAUACGGUAAAGGAACGCUUUUGAUUGUGAUCUGAUUUUUGGCAUUGCUGAAAUCAUGUGGGAGAUUGCUUUCAAGACCGUUGUUCUUUGUACGCAAAAAACUAUCCUCUGCCAGCUGGUUGGAUGCUUUUCCAUUUUUAAAAUCUUUUAUGUGCCCCGUUCGGAGAUGAUCUACGUCAGAGUGAGGACCGUUAUUCGUGUAUUAUAAACCCAUAUUUUAAUAAUUUAGAAAAUAACGACUACGAAAUAUUACAACAUGAGUUAUUUCUAAAAAUUGUGUAAGGAAGUGACUGUUUCAAGAGACUACACUAACUGUGUAUUAAAGUUUUAUGUAAAAGAAAAUAACGAUACAUUUUUGUACUACCUAGGACCUAGACGAAACCAGUCAUUCGAAAAAAAAAAAACAAAAAGUGAAAAAGUAACUUAUGGACAAAUAAACAACACUAAUUAAUUUGUUGUAAUAAAAUUAAAACGGAAAAAAGUUAGAUAUACACUAGAUUUGUGAAUCAAAAGUGUUAGCCUAGUAUCUGAAACAAAUCAAAGUAUAUAAUUUAUUUUUGUUUAGGUCUCCAAGAAGACUCAGAAACGCCUGUAAAUAAAUAACCAACUUUUAGUCAAGAAAAACACUAGCAAGGUGUACAAGUUAUCUAUAGAAAAUUAACACACUCUUCAAAAGAAACUAGAAUAAUAAUCACAAAAAUAUCAGAUUUAAGUCACACACAUGAAUGGGAGCUACCCCUGUGUAAAUAAUGUGUAGCAGAUGGAGUUAUCUGUGGGUUGCCUGCGUUGGGAAAUUUAUUGGAUCUUGUGGUAAAUUAUCUUUCAUGGUUGCUGUGAAGGACGACAAACCACGACGGAUUUUUUUUUUGUUUUCUGUUGAUUCCAGGAUACAAGAAGAAUUAAACAUCGUCAGAGAUAGACUGAAUUUUUGCUAGGAACUCCAAGAACUACCCAUAGAAAGCAUUAAAACAAUUUUCUGUAUCAGAGUAGAGAGCUGGGUAUUGUUUCAAAUUGUGAAAUUUUUUCCGCGCUCCCAUCGCUGUGGGUGGGUUGUUCAUUUGCUGGGGGGAAAUUUUACAGUUUCAAACGAAAAAACGAUGACCUCUACUUUUUCAACUGCAAACAGAUUUCGACCGAGACACACCAACCACAAUACAAACUAGGGUGGACAUUAGGGAGAAACAAAUAGCUUGGGACUUAAAUGUUCCUAAGCGGGUUUUGUGAGAUAGACUUCUGUUCUUUUGGAAUCAAGAAAACUAUAGAGCGAUAUGGUAAAUAGGGGAAACAGCCUUGUUAUUGGCACCCGAUGAAGGAAGAAGAAACUAAAAAACAGCUUAAAAACAAACAAAAUUUAGAAGUAGUAGUAAUUUAUCUCCAAUAUUUGAAAAUUAAAGUUUACAAAGUAUAACUAGCAAACAAAACACGUAAUAAUUGCGAAUAAAAAAAAUCAUAAAUAUCGAAAAAUGAAAA